GAAAGCUAGAUAAGGGAAUUAAAAAAAUAUUUUAUAAAGAAUGAAGGCCGGAAAUACGUAAACAACUGGCACACUUGGAUGCCAGGUACUGGCACGUAACAACUACAGAAUAUUUAGAAUGACAAUACAGUAAGUAGCUAAGAUUUAGCAGAACCUUUACUGUAAGGUUUAUGUAGGAAUACCUUCGGCGAAUUUUUUACGCUGACGAAUUCGCGGGCAAUCGCUAGUUUUAUAACCGGUUACACGGAUGUUUUGGUUCUGAAUGACAGUUCUCAGUUCACGUUGUGAAUGAGCACACGUGUUUAUGUUAAACGUUUUUGUAUUAAUAAGUUUUAAUUAAUUGGAACAAUGUUUGUGGAAAUGCCAUUGGUGGCGCGAUGCUGUUUUUGCGCACCUUUGAGAUAUGGACUUUUGAUAUGGGCUUAUUUAAAGUUGGUAACAAGUGUUCUAGCUUUGGGCAUUACAAUAAUGUGGGUGUUUCUUUGGCUUUUUUUCACACUGGGUGAAACAUCCUUACUGUUGUUAAUUCUGUCGACUCUAAUUAGCCUAAUAGCUGAUGUGGUCUUCAACUUUAUACUUAUUAUGGGAUCUCAUAAGAAAAACAGAUCAUUAUUGUGUUUGUAUCACCGCUAUGCUUACGCCCACGCCGCUAUCUUCUUAAUGCUGGGAGUUUUGUGGAUCUCGUAUGCUAUCGUGGAGAAUGGAAAACCUUUGAACAAACCUGACUCUGUGAUAUACAUUCUAUGUAUGGUGACGUCAGUAAUCGUUCCUUUAAUCUUACACAUCUACCUCUUUAUAGUGUUACGAAGUGAGAUACACAAACUGGAAGCGAAGGAUCAAAUAAAUUUCGUGAAUCCAAUCAACGAGUACAUAUCUGGGACGGAAGACCUUACCACGGACAAUAAAACUAACGAAGACAACUAGAACUGUUGUAAUAAAACUUUUUAGCUUAUAAUAUAUUUAUAGUUAAGGAA